AUGCGUCGUACAGCAAAGAAAUCCGAAGGAAGCAGUCCCGGCCAUUCCCACGAGCAUGACGUCGAUCACGGCCAUGCGCACUCGCAGUCCAACUCCCGCUCGCAUUCACACUCGCACUCGGUGUUCUCGUCUCAUACCCAUGGUACGGACAGUGCGGAGAAAAUCAUGAAGGCAUUUCAAGGCGCUGGAGACCGGGGGAGUCAAAUUACAUUAAUAGGCCUCUUCGCCAACAUAGGGUUAACCGCCAUCAAAGGCGUGGCUGGCUAUCUAACGCAUAGUGCAGUUCUUGUCGCUGACGCCGGACACUCCCUGAGUGGUGCGCUCGCUGCCCCGACUUCGGAAGUCAGACCUAAUCUUCUGCAGAUCUACUCGGGGAUGGCGUCACUCUCGUCUGCUGGCGACUUUCACGCAAGGCACGCGACUUUCGCAAUCCAUAUCACCGCUUCAUGUGCUCAUUUUGAAACGUUGGGGACCACAACAGUGUCUCUAUUUCUGAUUGGAGGCGCGCUUGGCAUCGGAUUCCACUCAUACCACCUCCUUCUCCAAUCCCUGACCGAAACAGCAUCAACCCUUCCCGCCGGGCCUCUGCAGGAACUCCUGGCGAACGUCACAUCUGCCGCCCCCGCCGCUUCACAGGACUCUCAUCUGCACGCGCAUGCACACUCCCAUUCGCACGGUGUCGAUCCCAACGCGUUAUGGUUCGCGGCACUGGGAAUCGUCUCGAAGGAGUGGCUGUAUCGGAUAACGAAAAGGGUAGCUGAUGAAGAGAACAGCCCGGUGCUUCUGGCCAACGCCAUCCAUCACCGAACGGAUGUCUACGGCAGUCUGGUUGCAUUCUUCGCUAUCCUCGGCAGUUGGUGGUGGCCCGCCCUCCCUCUCGAUCCCAUAGCAAGUAUGUUGGUGGCGCUGGUCAUCAUGAGACAAGGAGCUGGCCUGUUGUACGGCGCGUGGGGCGAUUUGACGGACGCAAACAUCCCCCUCGAAAAGCGAGAGACCAUGCGACGAACGCUUGAUCCGCUACUCGCUUCAUCAGCUUCAUCAGUCAGUAUCCCCUCCCUGCUCGCAGUGCGACACCUCCAUGGCCGGAGCGCCGGCUCGCUGGUCUAUGUGAAUCUGACCGCCGAGGUCCCUCGGUCCAUCUCCGUCUUCGACGCGAGCCAGCUGGAGGACAAGAUUGUCGCAACGCUCAAGGAGGGCCGUCGGGAGAUUGCAGACGUUAGAAUCAAAUUCAACCCAGUAGGCUGA